CCCAGUGUUAUUCCAGGUUCCACUCCCAAACCCCCUUCCGAUUCGUUCAUCGCUCGCUCGCUCGCUCGCACGCACGCGCCCGCCGCCCCCUCCCCUUCUCCUCUCUUCCGCUCUGUGAAUUCCACGCCCCGUCACCCGAAAGCCUCCGAUCCGAUCUCCGACCCUAGCGUUGCCGUCAGUCUCCAUGGAGCCGAAGCCUCCCACGCCGGCAUCUGGGCCGUUGACGCCGCGGUUCAGGCUGGGGAAGCAAUCGUCGCUGGCGCCCGAGUGCGGCGGCGAGGGCGGUGCCGGCACCGGCGCGGGCUCGGCGGAGGGGUCCGCCGAGGCGAACGGCGUCAUGAGCUUCCAGCUGAUGUACCUGGCCCACGAGGGCAACGCGGAGGGGAUCCGCGAGCUCCUCGACGGCGGCGCCGACCCCAACUUCCGCGACUCCGACGGCCGCACGGCGCUGCACAUCGCCGCGUGCGAGGGGCACGCCGAUGUCGUCGAGCUGCUCCUCCAGCGCGGGGCGGAGGCCGCCGUCGAGGACCAAUGGGGCAGCACGCCUUUGGCGGAUGCAAUGCAUUAUCAGAAUCAUGAUGUGAUCAAGAUCUUGGAGAAGCAUGGCUCCAAGUAUAAGAUUGCUCCUAUGCAUGUGAACAACGUUCGUGAGGUUCCUGAAUAUGAGAUUGAUCCUUCCGAGCUUGAUUUCAGUAAUGGCAAUGAUUUGUCCAAGGGCACAUUUAGGAAAGCAACAUGGAGGGGCAUUCCAGUUGCUGUUAAGAAGCUGGACGAUGAUCUACUUGUGGACGAGAACAAAGUGAGGGCAUUCCGAGACGAGCUUGAUGUGCUGCAACUUAUACGGCAUCCAAAUGUAGUGCAAUUUCUCGGUGCUGUGACACAAAGCAAUCCAAUGAUGAUUGUCAUGGAAUUUAUGCAUAAGGGUGAUUUGCGCACUCACUUGAAUAAGAAAGGAGCUCUGCCACCAUCAUAUGCAGUGAAGUUAGCUCUUGAUAUUGCAAGAGGAAUGAGUUACUUACAUGAGCAUAAACCUCAAGCGAUCAUCCAUCGUGACCUUGAGCCUUCGAAUAUAUUGAGGGAUGACACUGGACAUCUGAAGGUGGCAGAUUUUGAUUUGUGUAAAAUGCUAAAAUGGAGAAGAAAAGUUAGAGAAGAGAAAGCAGUAACUUCUCCAGGCAAUGCUUGUAGGUAUGUGGCUCCAGAAGUCCUGCGAAAUGAAGAGUAUGAUACCAAAGUGGAUGUAUUCUCAUUCGCUUUGAUACUUCAGGAGAUGAUUGAAGGGUGUCUUCCUUAUUAUGAUAAGAGAAAUGAUGAAAUCGAGAAGGCACACAAUUCUAAAGAAAGGCCGCCUUUUAGAGCUCCUCCAAAGCAUUAUGCUCACGGGUUAAGAGAGUUGAUUGAGCAGUGCUGGAGUGAAAAUCCUGCGCACCGGCCUGAUUUUAGAGAAAUCAUCAACCGGUUGUCUGCUAUCCAAAAUGAGAUAGCUCAAAGAAACCGUUGGAAGGUGAGACCUCUCAGAUGUUUCCUGAGCUUUGAAGGAAUGUGGAAGAAAGAUCGCAAUGAGGGCAGCACCACCCGUUCAUCACGUUCGUCAAGAUCCAAUUUUUAACCCCCAGCAAGCUGUUAAUUUCAUUUAGAGGAUCAUAUUGAUGAUUGCUAGAAAAUAUACUCAACUGUAUAUCAUAUCUUUGUGCUCUGAACUUCUGAAAAUGGAUGUUUUGUAACUGGUUGAUUCUCAGCUGAUCAUAGUUGUAUAUCAGACUUUUAUCCCUGGGCCCUGAAAGAAGGAUUCUUUGGCACUGGCCCCAGCCUCAUGUACAGAUUGUUGCCGGCAUUUUGUUGUUUCUUUAAUUUAAUACAAAUCAAUAGAGCUGCUCCUGGGUUGGUGCAAUACAA